UGUCAUCAUUUACUUGUAAGACAAAGACCUUUUAAUCCACGUCCCAAAUGAUGGCUUCAUUUUAACACACAGACUCAAAACCGCUCCAGUCACAUCACGUGGUUCUAAACCGGCGACGAGAAAGUCAGAGCAAACAAUGACGUCAUGUCCUGAAGUCCCGGCCGCGCCCCCUGCAGGCGGCGCGUGAACUACACGACGGAAAAACACGCACCGGCCGUCCGGACAGUGCACGUGCGCGUCGGUGCGCACGUCGGGCGUGAGUGAUGGAUGAAGAUGUUCCAUCGCGCGUGACCGCGGCAGCUGAAGUGUCCCCCGCUGUUUAUCAUCAUCAUCAUCACCAUCACUAUGUAAGGAUAUUUAUACGUCAUGGAAACAGGCCGAGAGUCUGCUGAGAAGCGCGCACACGCACACACACACGCGCGCGCGCGCGCGCGCAGAGUCCGUCCCUUUUAGUUAUUUUUAGUCUAAAGUCAACACCGCUCACAGCUUAAUGACUCCACUGAAUUCCUUCCUGUUCUUUAUUUCAUCUAACAGAACUUUUCCGUUGAAUAAAAUAUAAACAACACUGUGACAACACGACGUCGCUGCGCUACAUCAUCCUUCUAGAGUGGAGCAACAGCAGCUCCUGCAUGUCAGAUGUUCCACAUUAAAGGUCACGUGAUGCUGAUCGCAGCCUUGUCAAUAGUUAUUAUUAAUGAAACGUUCUCUAUGUUCUUCUCUCCUCAGUUGCACUUGUUCCUUCUUUCAUCUUCAUCACUUUCACUUUCUUCUCCCUUCUGCCUGUUUUUCCUUCUCUUCAUAUCCAGCUCUCAAUGAAUCCUCCCUUAAAUGAGAUAUAACUGACCUCUCCUCUCCUCACCCAAUUCCUCCCCUCCUUUCCUUUAUUCUGCCCCCUUACCUCCUCUCCUGCUUCCUCACCUCCUCCACAACUCCCCUCUCCCUCUCUCUCUCUCUCUCUCUCUCCAGCUGAUCUUCCAAACUUGGUCAUGUUCUUCGUUCUGCAGCAGAGCUUUAAACAUCUGCCCCCCCCUCGGGUCUCCACUGUGUGUGCAGUGUAUCUGGACCCUCUCAGGAGAAGGUCAUGGCUCGCUGCAGGAGUUACUUACGAGGACUCGCCAUCUGUGUCACUGUGCUGCUACUGGUGUCCGGCGUGGUGAUGAUCGGCGUCGGGUUUUCCUCCAUCGAGGGCAACACACCGGUUGCCGAGCUGUUCGAGCAGCUCUCCACCAGCGGCGGCCUGAUGGUGCUGAAGGUGUUCGGCCUGGUCACCGUGGUUCUGUCCGUUCUGGGUGUCUGUGCUACGUCACUGCACCACAAGCCUCUGCUGCUGCUGUUUUCUGGGCUGAUAUUCGUGGAGUUCGUGGCUCUGAUGGUCGUCGCCUCCCCGCUGGUUCAGGUCCAAGCCCAGAUGGACGGCGCGGUGGACGAGGUGUUCCUGAACGUGACGCCCCUCCACCGAGCGGAGCGCUACAUCCAGAGCGAACUGAGCAAGCUGCAGGCCUCCGACUCCUGCUGUGGCUUGAGGAGUUUUGAGGAUUGGGAGAAUCAACUUCCUGUCUCUUGUUUUUGCAAACCCGCCGUCUCCAACCGGCAGCCGAGCUCUCAGUCCGGUAACGUGAGCUCGGGGGGUUCCUGUGUGCUGGUGGGCAGUGACCUUUACCCUCCCACCUCUCAGGUCUCCGACCGGCUGUGGGUUCACUCCGAGCCCUGCGGCCCCAUCCUGAAGAGCUACCUGAGCUUCCCCAUCAAACUGAGGAUAGGAAUCAUCUCGGCCUUCACCACCAUCGCGAUGGCGGCCGUGGCGCUCUGCCUGGCGCUCGGCCUGGAGGAGUACUGGACGCCCCCCCCGGUGGAAACCACGGUCGACGACUUCGACAGAGUCAAGUACCAACCCAAACCCUCCCUCACCUGACCUCUGACCCCGGACCCUCGAAACCAGGGACCCGUCCAGCCUGAGCUCCAUGAAGCUGUUCAUGCGGAGGGAAUAAAUAAGAGUCCUAAAGAAGGAACGGAGCAGCCUGUGACUGAAUGUUUGAUAUUAAUAAAGUUUAUUUUAUCACGG